AGGAGCUUUGCAGAUGCACAAGUGACUGUGAAGAAAGAUGACGUUGCCUAGAUAUAGAAUAAUGAUGGCGUUGAUGUUCACUCUUGGAACCCGUUUUCAAGAGUAUGAUUCAGAUGUAAAAUGCAGGGAUGACGAGGGACACGAGGUGGACUGGUAUAUUCUAUACAAGUUGUCCAAUGUGAGAGGUGGCGGUUUGUCGUAUCUGUAUAUGGAUGAGCGCACCAACGGAUGGAUACUCAGCGAAAAAACAAUCAACAGUACUUCUGGCACUCUGGCAAACACCCUGAAACCUCUCUUUGAUUACUACGACAGAAAGACGGAACAUUUUGGAUACAUACUCUAUAAUGAUAAACCUACAGCUAAAUCUGCUAGUUCAUCAUAUGGCCACAGUAAAGGAGUUGUGAUGUUGAACAAACGAACAGGAGUUUGGCUCUCACACAGUGCACCAAGAUUUCCAACAUAUCGCAGUAAAGUAUUCUGGCCAGGCAACGCAAUCACUAAUGCACAAACAUUUAUGUGUGUGACUUACUCCUAUGGUCAAUUCAAAGAAAUAGGAUUGCAGCUCAAGUACAUCCAUCCUUAUUCAUAUGACUCUGACGUCUCGACAACCUUUCACAAUGAGCUCCGAUGUGUUACACAGCGGAGUUGCUAUCCAAAGAAGAAACCCUUUUCUCGUGUAAAGAAUCUGAUCUCAUUGAGAGGACGUUCUUUUUCCAGCUUUGCAAAAUACACACGUUUUGCUGAUGAUCUGUACUCUGGACUUAUUGUGAACUCUAUGAAGCAGGAUCUGUAUGUCAUGAGCUGGGAAGAUUCAGCUCUGCAUUCUAACUGCAGCGCCGACAUCCCUUAUAAUGUGUAUAAUGUAAAGCAAGUUAGGCUCCCGAAUAAGGUGCCCUUCAAAUAUAAUCGGGAUCAUUCCAAGUGGUGUGUGACUCCUGGUGGUGACUGGACCUGCAUAGCUGAUAUGAAGGAAGAGAGUCAGAUGAAAAGAGGUGGAGGAGCAAUAUGUAUUAGAAACCAUGUAGUUGCAAGAGCCUUCAGUACCAUGAUCGAAGAGCAUGAACCAUGUCCACCUGAACUUCCACAUUCUGAUGCUCAACACAGAGAGCUUUAAAGGCACAACCCUAUAUGGAAGUGUAGCUGCACCACCAAAAACUAAGAGACAAAACUGAAGCCGGAUGUCACUUAUAACAUUUAAGAGUAGGCUAAAGACUUUCCUUUUUGAUAAAGCUUAUAGUUAGGGCUGGCUCAGGUUUGCCCUGGAUCAGCCCCUAGUUAUGCUGCUAUAGGCUUAGACUGCCGGGGGACA